CAAAAUAUUUCAAAGAAAAUAUACGAAAUUUUACCAAAAAUUCUACGAAAAUUCUAUAAAAAUUCUACAAUAAUUUCGUUCAGAAUUCCUUCCAAAAUGUCUUAAUUUUCUUCUGAAAAUUCUACAAAACUUCAAACCAAAAAUAAACGUAAAAAUAAACCCCUUUUCUUCUCUGGAAAACUUUCAAUUUUUUUCAAAGUGCUUUGUGUUUUUGUUUCCUUAAAAAAUAAAAAAAUAAAUAUAAAAAAUAUUUAAGCAGUGAACCUUGCCCAACUCAAACCCAAAAUCAAUUAAGAAUUUAAAUCAAUUUAAUUCAUUUUUUGUUUGUGUGCUUUUAUAAACGUGUUACUGUGUGAGCAUUUCCUGUGCAACCGGUCCAAAGGAAAGAAAAAAAAAAGAUAUAUCUCUAUAUGUGAGAAUCUCAUUCAUUCAGCAUCCGAUACCGCAAGAAGUUGCACCUGCAACACAACAACAACAACAGCCACACCAACAACAAGAAGCAAUUUAUUGAAGAAAUGCUGCCGUAAACCCGUUUUUUCGUGCAAAAAGGAAAAGCAUUGCCUCCAAGGCCAAACACACACUUACACACAUACACAUCCAUUAACACUUGGACACACACACACACUCACACAUUCGCAACAUCAAAGGCAGGACUUGCAAAAAAAAAAAAAUAAUAAUAACAACAAGAAACAAUCAAAAAUAAUUUAAACAAUUUUCUUAAACAUAUUCCGGAAGAGAUUUCUUUAUGACCAGUUAACAAAAAUACACUGACAAAAAAAAUGAAGAAAAUGCGUCAGAAAAUUCCUCUGAUCCUGCCGAUCCUGCUGAUAUUCCUGCUGCUGAUCCUGCAGCCCGCUGCCGUCCAAGCCAAAAAGAACAAAAACAAAUCGAAUCAAAAUCAGCACCACAGUGACUCCUCCUCGUCCUCGAACUCGCAGUCGGGAUCAUCGUCCUCAUCGAUGGACGAAACUCAGAAAUCCAAAAGCGGCGACAAUGGUGGACAACACUUCGCCAUGGAACCGCAGGAUCAAACAGCGGUGGUGGGGUCAAGGGUCACACUGCCGUGCCGGGUGAUGGAGAAGGUUGGAGCCCUGCAAUGGACCAAAGAUGAUUUCGGUUUGGGGCAACAUCGUAACCUGAGCGGGUUCGAGAGAUACUCCAUGGUGGGCAGUGAUGAGGAGGGUGACUUCUCGCUGGACAUUUAUCCAUUGAUGCUGGACGACGAUGCCAAGUAUCAGUGUCAGGUGGGUCCGGGGCCGCAGGGCGAGCAGGGCAUCCGGUCGAGAUUCGCCAAGCUGACAGUCCUCGUACCGCCCGAAGCCCCCAAAAUCCUGCAAGGCGAUUAUCUGGUCACCACCGAGGAUCGUGAAAUCGAACUGGAAUGCGUGUCGGUGGGCGGGAAGCCAGCGGCCGAAAUCACAUGGAUCGAUGGUCUGGGCAAUGUCCUCACCAAGGGCAUUGAAUAUGUCAAGGAGCCCCUGGCCGAUUCCCGCCGGAUCACCGCCAAAUCGAUCCUUAAACUGGCCCCCAAAAAGGAGCAUCACAAUACCACGUUUACGUGUCAGGCCCAAAACACAGCCGAUCGAACUUAUCGAUCAGCGAAGCUACUGCUGGAGGUGAAAUAUGCGCCCAAGGUCACGGUGUCGGUGGUGGGAGGCGCCCUGGCGGGUGGCAAGAUCCCUGAAGGUGCCGAGGUCAUCCUAAGCUGUCAAGCGGAUGCCAACCCACACGAACUCAGCUAUCGAUGGUUUAUUAACGAUGAGCUCAUGACGGGGGAUUUUACCACAAAAAUGAUCAUUCACAAUGUCACAAGGCAAUACCAUGAUGCGAUAGUCAAAUGCGAAGUCGUUAAUGCUGUGGGAAAAAGCGAACAAAGCAAAACUUUGGAUAUAAGCUUUGGUCCUGUUUUUCGUCAACGACCUGUGAGUGUGGAAGCUGAUCUGGGGGCUACUGUCAGUAUGCGUUGCGAAGUGGCCGGAAAUCCUCCACCGGAAAUCGAGUGGAUCAAUGAGAACUCCGAUCGGAUUGUUAGUCAAGAAGCUGAACUGAAAAUAAAAGUCAGUAGUGAGACCGCUGGAAGGUACUUCUGCAAGGCAGUUGUUAAUGGAUUUCCGGAGAUCGGGGCGGAGGCCACGAUUUAUGUGAAAAGGGCACCCAUCAUCACCUCCCACAAGGUGCAGUUUGGAGGCGUGGGAAGUCGCGUGAAAAUCGAUUGUUUGGCCUUCAGUAUCCCCAAGGCGGAGCAUAUCCUUUGGUCCUUUGAGGGCAAGGUCAUUAACAUGAGCAGUGCCGAUCCGGAUAUCUAUAUUUUUGAGGAACACCACUUGCCGGAGGGCGUGAGAGCUGCUCUCAUAAUCCGCGAUAGUAAGGCAUCGCACUUUGGGAAGUACAACUGUACGGUGAUGAACUCGUAUGGUGCUGAUUCGCUGGUGAUUAGUUUACUCCGAGAACCCGGUAAUAUUCCGGUUCUAUUGGUCGUAAUGGGUUCAACGUUCUCCGUCGCCAUUAUCCUGAUGAUCGUGAUGAUUAUUAUCGUUUAUCGGAAGCGCAGGAGUCGCAAGAAGCCGAUGCCCGCAGAUGUGAUACCCGAGGCGUCUCGCGGUGGCGAUAAACUGAAUGAACUGAAAUCGGAGCUCAGAUCGAAGGCCUACGAUGUGGAGUACUCGGAGGCGGGUGGCGAUGGACUGGCCAUCAACUUGAACCAAUCCCCGAUGCCCGAUGUCCAGAUGAAGGGCGCCACCUUGGGUGUACCGCUGGCAGGACCCGUCAAGUUCGAUGAACGUUUCUCCGGUGACUUUGGCGGCGAUCGCUAUAAUCGCCAGUGUCACAUCAAGAAUCUGAAGAAUCAACAGGAGACCUCGUACAAGGAGACUCCACAGGCCAAUGGCUAUGCCCACUAUUUCGAGUAUGCUCUGGACUACAGUCCGCCGGGCGAGAUGUCCGGGAAGUCGAAGAACGGUGGCAUGAAUUCGGCCACCUUGCCGCAUUCAGCUGCCUCGGGAAAUGGUGGUGGUGGCGCCAAUGGUGGGGCAGCUGGUGGAGCAGUUGGUGCUGGUGGUGGUGCCAGUUUGCCGAGAAAUCAGCGCCAUGAACUGCAGCAGUCUCAAACAAAUGGAUUCCUAGGACAACCUUUGCUACAAAAUGGCAUCGACAGUCGCUUCAGUGCCAUUUACGGGAAUCCCUAUCUCCGGACGAAUUCCUCCCUCCUCCCACCCCUCCCGCCGCCCAGCACCGCCAAUCCGGCGGCCACACCCGCCCCACCGCCCUACCAUGCCGCCCGCCACGGCCACGCCCAUCACAUGAACGGCGGGCUGAAGCAUUUUGGCAGCGGCAGCGCCGCCAAUGCCGUUCUCAACACGAGUCCGGUGGGAAAUUUGAGCGGAAGCGGAAACGGAACUGGAGGAUCCUCGACAGCCGUUAGCUUGGCCAGCGGAAUGGGCGGCAUGGGUGGCGUUGGGAUGGGGAUUGGCGGGGGGGCCGGAGCCGGAGGCAGCGUUAGCGGCAGCAGUUCGAAUUUAACCGCCAGCAGUAAUACAUUGGCGGCCACGCCCCAAGCAGGAGGCGGCUUGGGCGGUCAGUGUGCCCAGAGUCCGUCCGGGCAAUUUAUCCUGCCCAACAAUGGCAAAGGGCAUACACAAAAAGGACCUCUGGCCACACAUGUUUAAAUUGGAGGAGAAUUCCUUUCGCAACGAUAUAUUUAUAUCGUAUAAAAUAUAUCGAGAAAUCAGUCGAUUAACCGAAUGCAUAUACACCCUAUAAAUAAAGCGCAUUAUAGAGCCAUUAGCCAUUCGUAAAUGUAUUCUAAUUUGUAAUGAAAAUAGUAAUUUCAAAAAACCGAAAAAAAUGGACAACUUUUAGCCAACUAAGAGAACGAGUGUAUGAAUGUUUUUUUUUAUCGAUUAUUAAUCGAAAGUAGCAUAAUACUCCUCAAUUUUGUAAACUAUUUUUUUUUCCAAGGCUAAUACUUAUUUUUUUAUGCACUCAAAAAAAAAAUACUUCUAAUUUAUAAGCAAAUUUUUUGCACAGUUGUUCCUAAGGCUACAGCCAAGAAAUUAUUGAAAUUUUUGAAAAAAAUAUUCCCUGCUAUUUAUUAUUUUUUUUUUAAAUCCCUGAGCCUUGAGAGAAAAAUAGUUUAUACAACUUGAGAAAAAAAUUCAAUAUAUAUAUAUAUAUACACUGAAAAAAAAAACAGAUAAGAAAACAAAAACCGUAUUGUGAUUUAUAGCGUUAAUUAUUUUAUGGCGAAACUCGAUGAAAAAGUGAGAAGGCAAAUUAUAUCAACUAGUGCAAAUUUUAAGCUACUUAUCGAGUGGGUCUAUGGGACCUUGUCCCCCCAAACCCCCUAAAAAGAAUCAUAUAUCAAUUAAACGAAACGUAUCGAACACGAAAUAAAAAAAAGAACGACAUUUAAAAAAACCAACUACAAAACUUCAAAAGUUCAUUUUAAAACAGCGCGUUGCAUACAAUUUUAAAAAAGAAUGAAACAAAAAAAACAGAAAAUCAAUUUAAUUCAAUAUGAAAAUAAUUAUAAAAUGCCUGUAGUUAGUUCCAAGUAAACU